CUGUAACAAGGAAGUUUAUAGUAAGGUGGCGUUUCUCUGUCUGUGAGUCAAGUUUUUCACAUUCAAACAAAAACAGCAGACACUAUGGCAAGUAACAGAUCCGUACGGCGUGCCCAGGAACCCGUUACCUACACGUGUGAUUUGUGUGACAGUGAAGACGGGGUUAGAUGGUACUGUAACGAUUGCCAGGAGAAUUUAUGUGACCGGUGUAAGGAAACCCAUACACGCGGAAAGAAAACUAGAAACGAUGACGUCUCGUCGAUAGGGAAGGCUACCCGUCAGGGCGACAAGCCUGUACCGGAGGUAUGUAAACUACAUCCCGGUAAACUGUGUGACGUGUACUGUAGUGAUUGUGACAUACUGAUGUGUUUGAUGUGUUUUUCCCAGACACACAAACAACACAACUGGAAACAUUUUGAAGACGAAUUUCAAAUCAAAAAGCAACAUUUACAAGAACAUAUGACAGCAAUAUCUGCUAGAAUUGCACACUUCAAGAACGAGACGUCGAAGUAUGGUCACAAAACAUUCAAAGGUAACAUUGAUACAAUGAGAAAGGACGUUAACACACAGCGGGCAAUGAUAAAGUCAGAAAUAGAUUCUAUCGCGGAUGCAGUCCUGGCCGAGUUAUCGUCCCUGGAAAAGGAAGAAGCAGUAUUGCAUCAAAAAGAUUGUCAAGAAUCGGAGAAAAAUGUCAGAGAGUUGACGAGUCUGCUUGAAAAAGCGGAAAUGACGGAUACAACGAGUACAUUUGAAAUGGAAAGGUCAUUGAGGACAACUCUACCAUUGUAUGAUGUUAAUGUGAAGGAUGUUCUACCGAAACUACCAAGCUUUGUUACCGGAAGUAUCGACCCCGUCCUGUUGUCGAAAAUGUUAGGUGAAUUACACCACGGGAACCAGUACGAGAAGACAGACAUCGACAGUAAACACGUUCAACGUCUUUCUAAGUUUACUGUUAUUCAACAAGAUCAAAUACUCGGUAUAUGUCCAGUCGACGACAGUCACGCGUGGUUAUCAAUAAUUCAAUACCAGGGUCUGGUACUGGUUAACAAGGAGGGUGUGGUCAUCAAGACAGUAAAAUUGAGCUUCUGUCCGUACAGAAUCACCAUGGUCGGGACAACAGACAUACUUAUGACCAGAGAUCCACGUAGUACAUAUGUAUAUAAACUAUCACUACAUAACAAACAGGUGACAACAUUUGCUGACAUCAGACCACAUAGAGCAUACGACAUCAGUAUCAACGAGAGGGACGAGGUAUUAGUUAGUACAAACACACCAGACAUAGUGGUACUGAAUCAGUCAGGUACGAUUGUGAGGAAGGUGACGUGUGGAAUGGAGGGGUGGUAUAUUACAUGUUUGUCGUCAGGAGACAUUGCAGUGUCGAACGUUAGUAAUGUAUCAAUCAUAACAGACAGAUCUGGUACAAUCAAUUAUAAAUGGUCUGGUGAACUAUACAACGGUCAAACGGUUGGUAGUAGGAACCUCUGUAAGAUUUCAUGUGACAAGUACGACAGACUGUUUGUACCGGACUACACUAACAACCAGGUGCAUGUCCUACCGAGAGAUAGUACACAGGCCACGUGUCUCCUGGACCAGAAACAUGGAGUGGUCAACCCUACAGCGGUGGCUGUAGACACGUGUGGGAACGUGUGGAUCGGGUGUGUGGACGGUACCGUACACGUGAUGCGACUGUAGAGUUAGAAAAGUAUUGUGACAUACAGAAAUCCGUGGUAAUGAUAGAACAUAUCGCCGGGUACAAAUGUGUUUAGAGAUAAUCCCUUAAUGUUCUACCUGUACUACAUAUAUAGAUCUAUAGAAUUGAAUGGAUCAGUUAUUGAUAUGUGGUGUAAAAUUGGCGUUGACUUUAUUAAGGUGUGAAGCUAGAUAAUCAGUAACGUUAACGGUUGAUAAUAAACUGUAUAUUGCACGUAAUGGAAAUAGUGGACCGAAAAAAAGUGGAACCGCAUCCAACCGGAAAAUUUGUUUUCAAAAGAAAAGUUUAGUUUGUACUGAAUAUAUGUGCUAAAAAAAUGAUUUCACGGACAAAAAUAAUAUGCCCGUGUUUGGGGGUUGAGCAGUCUUUUAAUCACCUGUUGUGUCAACAGAUAGAUUCAAUUGACUUUGUUUUGAUCUAUCCUCUAUAAUAUAAUGUAAUCUCUCAUAAACUUCAAUAUCAUGUAUCACGUGACGUAAAUGGUUUAUUUUGCCUAUAUUUGGACGAUUUACCGUUAUAAUUGAUAGGUGUUUUUUUUUUAGAAUGAUUGGAUAUAUAUAUAUAUAUUUAUAUGUACAUUUUAAUAGCAAUAUGAAAGUGUGAUGAUCAUAAAACGAAAGAUACACAUAGAUAUACUACAGUUUCUCAGAUAAUGAUCACAAUAACGCUUUGACCAAUAAUCUGUCAUUUACAUUUACAAGUUUUAUUUUCCUAUAUUCGGUCAAAUUCUUAAAAUCCAAAAACUGAAAACGUUUCUACAAUUCAUAAAUCCAGUUGUUUUACAAGAAAUACAAAUAAAAUAUGGUUUCACUAUUUUUUAACAUUUUAAUAUUUUAGACGGAAUAUCCGAAUAUCUUUAUAUCACUAUUCACAAAUUCAACAGUGUAUUAAAAUGUCUGUGUAACACUGUGGUACGUGUGUGAUGUUAUCUUGAUCUACUUUACAUAGCGUGACACAUUGUAUUACUUGUGUUUAUACAAACACAUGUACUAUCAUGUGUUUGGACAGAAAACAAAACGAAAAUUAAUUUUAAUUAUUUAUGUA